AUGAAUUGUGGGCGCCACUCCUUCAAAACUCAUACCCUCAUCAUUUUUCUGGAUUACCAUUAUCGUUAUUAUCAUAGAAUGUACGGUGAAAAGGUAAAGAUCGCUUUGGUGGUUGCUUCCUAUUUCGUUGUGUCCAUCUCGAUGGUUCUGAUGAACAAGUUUUUAUUAGCUAAAGAGGAGAGCAUACCGGCUCCUUUUUUUGUGACUUGGUACCAGUGUGUUUUAACAGCUAUUAUUUGUUGGGCUCUGGGACUAUGCGGAAAGGCUUCUAGUGAGUCGUCGUUCAUUCACCAAUUCCCUGAGCAGUAUUAUGAUAUUGGAACAGCGUUCCGUAUUCUUCCUCUUUCACUCAUUUUCGUCGGUAUGAUUACCUUUAAUAACCUCUGUCUCAAGUAUGUGAACGUUUCAUUCUACCUGGUGGCUCGGUCUCUGACCAUUGUAUUCAAUGUUGUUUUGUCUUACUUGUUCCUCGGGAUUAAAACCUCUCUGGCAGUCAUCACGUGCUGUGCCAUUGUAAUCUUUGGCUUUUACAUCGGUUCGGAUGGCGAGGUCAAUUUCUCCCUGAUCGGUACCGUCUUCGGAGUUCUGUCCUCCCUCUUCGUCUCCCUGAACAGCAUUUACACCAAGAAGAUGAUCCCCAUCGUCGACAACAACAGCUGGAAGCUGUGCUUUUACAACAACAUGAACUCGACGAUCCUGUUCAUCCCUCUGAUCCUCGCUUUCGAGCGAGGCAUCAUCCUCGAGCACAUCAAAGCCUUCGCCUCGCCCAUUUUCUGGACCGUCAUGAACGCUGCCGGCAUCUUCGGCUUCCUGAUCGGCAUCGUUACGAUCGCUCAGAUCAGUUUGACCUCGCCGUUGACCCACAACAUCUCCGGAACCGCGAAGGCCUGCGUCCAGACCAUCGUCGCCGUGGUGUUCCUGGGCGAUAAGCUGUCGCUCCGCUCGGCGUUCGGUACGUUCUUGGUGCUGUUCGGCACGUUCUUGUAUUCGCUGGUGCGCAGCCGCGAGAUGGAUCUGGAGAAGGCGAAGAAGAAGGCGCAGGCGGAUGAGGCUUUUGUGAACGAGAACUCGGACGCGGUUGGAUCGGAUACGAAGGACACGGAGGUGAAGCCGCUGCUGAGUCGGAAGGAGCAGUAA